UCUUGUAUCAAUGCGAAAAUCCGUAUUUCCAGGUGUUUGCGCGCUGCAAUUGCAAAACGUACACGAGCGUGUCGUUAGAUCGGCUUUCUCUUGCGGUCGAUCCCGUUUCCGCCUGAACGCCACCACGCUAUCGUUAGUCUAGGUAUCAUAAUUGAGUAAUUAGAUAAGCAAGUGCGUAACAGCGUUGUGCGUCAACGAUUAGAAAAUUUGUUGCGCGUCUUUAUAGCUGAGCUCAGCUCGUUUCCUCGUUGCGAUUAUCGAGAGUCGUACACUCGUCGUUGCUUAACUUUGCAGCCGAUAUUUGCGAAUCUCCAAAGGAUCGCGCGCACAUCUCCGCGUAAUAUCAUCGCAAAGAAAUGAAAAAUCGAUGUCACAGUCUAACAGUUGAUUAUUAAACGGAAGGUCUUCUUCCACAGACGAGAAUGAUAUAUCUUGUUGCGAAUAUAAUUGAUUACAUCGUAAGAUAUGUACUCUUCAAAGAUAAAAUGUCCAGUACGCGAAUUUAUCGAAGAAUAGCGUGGCGACAGGGGAUGAACAAAUCGACACCACGAAAGGAGAUUGGCGAUAAGGGAAAGCAUUCAAAGGUCUUGAUAAAAAUGCCGACCAGAUCGGCUGGUUCAAACGGGAGCUGCAUGCACAUGUGCGCACGUGCGAAGCAAGAAAAAGUCUCUAUCGCCGCGAGACGUGCACUACUUUCGAAGGAGUGACGCGAAAUCGCGCGAUUCGCCUCGACGAUAUUGCAGCUUGCCCGUCUCGACUCGCGUUGUUCAAGAAUUGCGAAUCUUUCCGUUCAAGUACUCUCCGAGAACACGAAGAUCUCUAACAGAAGAAACACGAGUCUUGCAAUCUGGAAGUAAUCUUGGGAAAAAAAGGAAUAGAUCACGGUAGCGCCGUUCCGGUACAGAAGGGAUCGAACGAAGACGUGGAUACGGUGUGAAGCGGGCGCGUGAGUGACGUGAUCAUCCACCAGUCGCCACAGUCGUGUGCGAGGCGCGAGGAUGACCGGCAAUUGGUCGAUUUUGAACCGGCGCGCUUUUCAAUUGGCCGAAGGUCUGCUGAAUAACCGGCCCUGUUGCAGCAGACGUUUCGCCAGCGUGAGGACACGCAUUCCGGAAAUCUGCGAGCCGGCGCGAAGAGGCGUUCAUUUGUCAACCACCUGUUGCGUGCCGAAGCAAAACAUGGCAUCGAUACUUUUCUCCAAUAUCUGGGAAACUGAUCCUGAGCUCUUCGAAUUGAUGAAGAAGGAGAAGAAACGGCAGCAAUGUGGGUUAGAAUUGAUUGCCAGUGAAAACUUCACAUCUCUCAGUGUGUUGCAGUGCUUGAGUUCGUGCUUGCACAAUAAGUACAGUGAGGGAAUGCCUGGUCAAAGAUAUUAUGGUGGAAACGAAUACAUCGAUGAGAUCGAGUUACUGGCGCAGAAACGUUCCUUGGAAGCCUUUAAUUUAAACCCUGAAGAAUGGGGCUGUAAUGUGCAGCCUUAUUCGGGAAGCCCGGCUAAUUUGGCGGUGUACACAGGUCUGUUGGAGCCUCAUGGACGUAUAAUGGGCCUGGACUUGCCCGAUGGGGGCCAUCUUACUCAUGGUUUCUUCACGUCGUCCAAAAAGAUCUCCGCCACGUCUAUCUUCUUCGAAUCCAUGCCGUAUAAAGUUGAUGCCAAGACUGGCAUAAUCGACUACGACAAGUGCGCGGAGAUGGCGAAAUUAUUCAAGCCGAAAGUCAUCAUCGCCGGAGUUUCCUGCUACAGCAGGUGUCUGGACUAUAAGCGUUUCCGUCAAAUCGCCGAUGAGAAUAACGCCUAUCUCUUCAGUGACAUGGCGCAUAUUUCGGGACUGGUCGCCGCCGGAUUAAUACCCAGUCCUUUCGAGUACAGCGACGUUGUUUCGACGACCACGCAUAAAACUUUGCGAGGUCCACGCGCGGGCGUUAUCUUCUAUCGAAAAGGUGUUCGAAGUAUCGCGAAGGAUGGGAAGAAAAUUAUGUACGAUAUCGAGAAUAAGAUCAAUCAAGCGGUUUUCCCAGGCCUCCAAGGUGGACCUCACAAUCAUGCGAUCGCCGGUAUAGCUACCAUUAUGAAGCAAGUCAAGUCGCCAGAAUUCGUCACUUAUCAGAAGCAAGUAGUGGUUAACGCACAAAGACUGUGCCAGAGUCUGCAGAAGUACGGUUAUCAGAUCAGUACGGGUGGUACGGACGUUCACAUGUUGUUGGUGGAUCUGCGAUCCAAAGGUAUCACUGGUUCAAAAGCGGAAAGAAUCCUGGAAUCAGUGUCCAUCGCUUGUAACAAGAACACCGUUCCCGGUGACAAAAGUGCAUUGAAUCCUAGCGGCAUCAGGCUGGGUACGCCGGCGCUCACUACUCGUGGUCUGACUGUAGAUGAUAUCGACAAGGUUGCGGAAUUCAUACACAAAGGAUUACUACUUUCUAAGGAAGUGAGUGAUAUCUCCGGGCCGAAGCUGGAUGAUUACAAAAGAGUAUUAAGCACCGAUGAGGGUAUUAAAAUAAAGGUCGCGCGGCUAAAAAAGGAGGUAGAGUCAUUUUCGUCUACAUUUCUAAUGCCCGGUUUGGACACAUAUUAAUAUCGCAAUAAUAGUAGAUUCGUUGAGUUUCGGAACAUUUGAUUUAAGCCAUUUUUUUACAAUUUGCGGUUUUGCAAAAUUAUCUACAGGAUUAUACAAAUUAUAAAUAUUGUACAUAGACUUCUAUAUAAUAUGUUAAUUGACUGCUCAGACUGCGUGAACCAAAUAUAUAGAAGUCUAUAAUUUUAUAAUUAAUGGUAUAUGUAACGUAAUUGUUUUUUACGAAGUGUUCAUUGAGGUAGGACGCGGAGGCGUGAUGCCGGGCAUAUCUAUAGUCAGGAAAGAUUUAUUUAUCAUUUCCAUGGCCUUCUGAUGGCCAUGGACUUCUUUCUUCGCGACGGAUUUCAAGCGAGACGAUUCCAUCUCAUCUUCUUGCUAGUGACUGGCACGAAGUUUCUCCAGUCUUGCGAAUCGUGAGUCGCAGUCUCUCAUUGUUAUGUACGUCCUGUCCCAAAAUUCGUACAGAUACGCGCAGUUGACCAGCAAAAGUCGCUGUCAUCCUCAAUAAUUAUUCGUCAUUUAUUUAUUUCUUUUUAAUCUUUAUAUAUCUUAACAUCUGAUAAUUCACGAAAAAGUGCAGAAAAUAGACAGUGCCGACUACUGCAAUGCAGUAACAGGUCGCGAAAUUGUUUGAAAUUUUCGUUUAGCAGCAAGGUCGUCUGCUCGACCGCCUGACCAAUGAGGCACCGGGCCUCCUCCAUGAUGUCGUCCUGCGACUAAACUCCUGUCCAUUCCUCGUAAAGUUUCUGAAGCCUUCCAGUUUCUGUAUGCAGUAGAUACUUGAAACGCUGUACAGUAUACUCCCUUUCUUCCCUCGAGACAUGAAGUGUUCGAAAGUUUAUAAGCUUUCAAGAUCAAAAGAGGCUGGUGAUGAAGUCUUUUUUGACCUUGAAAGCUAGAUAAGUUUAUUUGCAAAAAUUGCUGAAUCUCUGAACUACUCAUUUCUUCUUCGACUCUGAUAUUAUCUUCAGUGCUAUUAGAUAUGAUUAUCUUCAUGUAUUUUUCUUCCAUGCUAUAUUCUUCCAUUGUACAUGAAAAAACCGACGAUCGCUUCACACUAAGAUUUAAUGAUUUUUCGAAUGAAGAAAACGAAGUUUCGGAUGAUUUGAAUUUGUAAUUAAGUAGAGCGAACGAUUUAUCAUUUUCAACCUCAAACUCGAUAUCUUUUAACUUUUGAAAACUUUCAGUCUUCGGAAUCGUAGAUGAUGAUUUUAUAACGUUUGCGGCUUUUUUAGCCAGAUGCUUUUGCGUGGCCUUCGUGAUUCCUAACUUAAGAUUUUGCAUGUUCUUAUAUCAUUGGUUUCUUCUUGUUCGCGGCUGACGUGUAAGUGGAUGCUAUUGGAGGAUAAAUACGGUGAUGAACAAUUCCGACCUUAAACGGCGAUCUUUUGUUCAAUUUCUCCUGAUUCCUUUCCUUCUCUCGCUCUGCUCCCGACUUUGAUAUGUAAGAGUCGAAGAGAGUCGGUAUAUCGAAAGCCGGAGUUUGCUGGGUCGGGACUCGAACCCGGGUCUUUCGCUUGCCGGGCGACUGCCCUAAAUCACUGAGCUACCCAGGCUCCCACUCCAACACACUCUCUCUCGUCUUGUUAUUAUCAAGAUACCGCGUGUUAUCUCAGUUUGGUUUACAUCCUACAGAUAAUUUCUUCUGAUUUUCUAAAAUAUUGAGUAGGGGAAAACAUUUAGAGAGAAAGAGAGAGGGAAAGAGGUAGAUAGAUAGAAAAAGAGUAGUCGGCACUCUUCAUUUUCUGCACUUUUUCGUGGAUUAUCAGGUAUUAAGAUAUACAGAGAUUAAAAGAAAUAAAUAAAUGGCGAAUAAUUAUUAAUAAAUAAUUAAUAAAUCUCCAUAUAUACCUGAACAUUUGAUGAAAUCCGAACAAGAGUGUGGGCUACUGAGCAUUGUUCCUUAUAUCAUCUUUUGUAGGAUCGAAAAAUCUUUCUUAUAUGUGUAUUAUAUCAAUUAAUUUUUAUCUAUUCAAGAAAUGUAAUUGUAUCCUUAGCGAAAUCUUAAGUUCUGACUUCAAAAAGAUUGUUCGAAAAAAAAUAUUCUAAUAAUAAAAAAAGACAGUUUAGUUGCAAGAUGCUAUGCAAUUCCAUAUUCUAAAAGAAAACUUUUGUUGAAAAAAUAUUUCUUCUCGUUAGAAGAGGAAUGAUAUUGUGCUUGGAAUAUUUUUCUCAAAAGAAUAUUCCAAUAAUACUCUUAAAACCAUACAUAGAUUCUACUAAGGAUGAGAUUAUAUUUCUUUUUGGGUGUUAAAAAUGCUGAAGAAUUCUAAAAAUGUCGGUAACUAAAGACGAUCUCAUUAAUCACGCUAUUUUUUUUGUACAAAAAAAAAUCAGACCAUCUUUUCGAAUGUACAUAUAUAUUUUACAUAAAUACAACGUAUGAUACUUUGUUUUACUAUAUUUAGCGGAAAAUCUGACCACGCAUGUACAGUAAUUUUCCCAUAUAACACAAUGUCUAAAAUCGGGACAUAAGACCUCUUAAAACAUCUUAGCAUCUUAGGGAUGUCUUACAUUUCGAUGUCUGAGAGACAUAUUAUGUCCUGAAUUUUAAACUUUGUGUUGUGUGGAUUUCUGCUAAUUUUUCCGAUAUUUUUAAGUUUCUAGAUUCAAAUGUAAAUAUACAGCAGAGUUUUUUGAAAUUUUGUGCUUGAUCGUAUAACUGUCUUUUUCGAACUUUUUUCGACAUAUUCGAAACAAAUCGGACAUAUCCAAUAAAAAACUUAUCUACUGAGAAUUACUAAGAAACAAAUUUUCUCGUUGGAUAUUGUUUGCAUUUCGAAAUAUAUCAAUGUGUUCGUCAUUUCUUGCAAGAAAGUAUAAGAAUAACUAAAAAUGAAAUUAUUCGAUGGGCUGUUAAGAAAUCCGUUCUUUCCACAUCGAAAUCGAUUACAUCUAUUUGUCGCGAAUAGUCUCGUUAUCAUAGAACACGCAUAAAAUGUCAACAUCUAAACAUGAGAAAAACGUGUAUCGUCUCGAGGUAAAUAGAAUCUGCACGACUUUCGAAUGUUAUCGAAAUCAUCUACCAAUAAGGUCUUAAUGCGUCUUCUGGGCAAAGUUGGAAGCGUUCCCUCUAUAAAAAAGGCAUGGACAUGUCCAUUAUUGUCUCUUUUCCGCAAUGCCCAUUGGCUAUCUCGAAAUCUCGAUCUCGAUAUGCGCUCGGAAAAAAAGUAAAAGUAAAUAAAAGUAUUUACAAUUGUAUGAAAUUAAACAGAAACAGUGCAAACUACA